AUGAAUAAUUUACCUUUUAGUAAUUAUGUUACAGCACUUUUGCUUUUAUAUAGCUGUUUCAUUGCAUUUAAUUAUGCAAGUUGUGAAUUAUUUAUAAUCGGUAACAAAGCUACAAACCAGACGAAUGAUUCAUGGUUUAAUCUGGACUUAUUGAGAGAGUUUCUGAUGGAUGAAAACGUAACUUCAAGUUCAGCGGAUGUUUUUGAGGGCUUUAAAAGGAUGAUUAAAGUUUCUCCUCCAGCUCCUCAGACUAAAUCGAGUUCAUGGAUACCACAAAAUGUUAAGGACGUAAUAUCAAGGAUUAAUUCAAAUUCAAAAAAGGAGGAGGUUAAAUCUAAACCAAUAUUAAAGAGAAAGUUUGAAGAUUUAAAACACUAUCUUGAGUAUCAUCUUUACCCAACUAGAAAUGCUCAGAACAAAACGAAUUCAGAGGAGAAAGGUUGGAAUUUGCCUUCACUCGGAUUUGUAGGAAAGAAUUCAACAAAUGAACAAAAUAACAGAAAAAUAAUUGUCCAAGGUUCAGAGAGUUUGGUUAAAGAACAAGUAUUAACUGACAAAAAGACAGAAGAAAAUAUUCAAAGUUCAAGUAAUUUGAAAGAAAGUGUUAAUCAAAACACUCAAGCAAAUCCAUUACCUGUAAUAACAGUAGAACAGUGUGAAAAGAAUGUAAUUAAUAUGUUUAAGGAAUGUAUUGAGCGAUGCAAGAGCAAUCUUAAGCAAGCUCAAUACAGGUCUGGCGGUAUUUCUCCACUUAUCAUUUCAGAACUAAAUGCAUGUAUUAACACAUGUAGGCAUUCUGCAAAUUCUUCAAAUUGCAGGUUAUCAACUAGCUCUAUUAACUUAAUCAACGAAGAAAUCCCAAUCCCAAAGCCUACAAUAAGAAGAAACCAAAAAAAUCAGGAGAGAAGCCGUGGGUUAUUAAAUAAAUACAUAAUUGAUCCUAUUGUUAAUUUUAUCACAACAUUCCUAUUUUGUAUACUAGGAAUUAUUGUGGUUCUUUACUAUUUCAAAGAAUAUAGGCUUUAUCCAAAAAUGGCUGAUUACAUCACCUACAAAAUUGAGUCUUACUACACUGAGGAUGAAAAAAGAAGAGCAAUAUUUGAAGGUGAUGGUUUCCCUCAACAACCAAAGCUAAAUUGGAAACGAACAAUUGUCUACUUUGUUAGACUAAACUUCCUCCCAAGAAUUUUAGCUAAUAACUUUACUUGGUUAAUACCUAUGAGAGAUCAUUAUCAACAAACAACUGAUACUUGUAACUAUGUUAGGGUACAUUAG